AGUGUGCAGUACAGCAGAGACCUGGCACGUACAUGCGGGCCUGUACCCACCCCCUAAACUCCUUCUCUACUCUCCUCCGGCCUUUUCCUUCACCCUCGUGCUGCUUCCUACCCUCUUCUCUCCUCUUUGGUGGCCAUAUACAGUAGGACACUAGGCAGGCGGGGUACUCUUAGCGUGGGGGUUGCUCCGCUAUUUCCCCAACGUCUAUCAUCAUCGGUCCGCUGCCGCCAGCAUACAACACACCCGCGUCCUCGCGGGAGCCACGUCCAACAAUAACCUCUUCUCUUGGUCAACUCUUUAUGCUCCCUGAGUCUGACCAUGAGCUCGCCAGGACGUGUCUCCCGAGCUCUCUCUACAUCUCCCACCACCUCGACCCCUCCUAAGUCUCGCAGCGCCCGUGUCGAUCAAUCACCCGCCCCGCCGCCUUCGAACAAUGCCCCCACCACAUUUUUCCUCAGGAGUGAGUCGGAAAUGGAACAUUCGCUGGCGAACUCUGCCGCCGCGGAGUCGAAUGGGAGAGAAGGAAAUAGUACCUAUGGCGUUCAAAGCCUCGAAGACACUCUGAAUAGCGCUUUUGGCGUGGGAACAGCAACUUCAGCCAACGGCGGCGAUGAAGCGGUUGAACCCCUUCUGAGUAUGAAGGGGGGUUCAAGGCGGCGCUCCCACAGUCCACAAAUGGCACCAGGAGGCCGGCGAAAGCCCGCUUCCAGAUCGCCGCUCACCAGGAACAGAGCGAAGACAUCAGACCGCAUCAUAUCGAAUCCCAUAUCACCCUUCAACUCUGGCGCCCGGUCUCCUGUUCCCAACUCAGCCAUGCCCAGUACACCUCGGUCUAUCUCGGUGCUGUCAUUGAAGUUGUCAGACGAAGAGUCAGAAUUUCAAGAGUGUGCCAGCCAGGCCAUUGCCUCGAGCGAGGAGGACGAGCAGGAGGAGGAGGAAGAUACCCAAGUGGAAGACUCCGGCAGCCUCCCACAACUUGUCAUGCCGAGCAUACAGAUGCCUACUCGGAGGCCUUUCACUACGAAGGGCAAAGCAAUGGGGAAGUUGAAGAUACUGAUAGCUGGGGAGGCAGGGGUGGGAAAGACCUCCCUCAUCCGCUCCAUUGUCCAGUUAUGCGAAGACAUCGUGCAUGUCGAUCCGUUGUCACCGUCGCAGUCCUUUACCUCAUCCCCUCCACCCAAAGCGAAGGCCCGCAGGCGAAAGCGCGAAGGCCUCACCACUACCCGCAUCACUGAGAUACACGCAAGUACCAAAGCGUUGCCGCACUGGUGGACCGAUAUGGAGGAGAGCGGAAGUACGCGGCGGAAGAGCAAGCGGAAGAGUUCCACUGAUUCUGUGCUCGAACGAAAUAUCACUUUUGUUGAUACACCCGGUUACGGACCUGCGGCGUCUAGUGGUGAUACCCAGAGCUUGGUGGUGGACUAUGUUGAGUCGCUCUUGAUCCAAACUGCUUCCGUGGCAUCGAUGGAAGAUAGUGAUGUGCUUGGCGUUAUCGGGGGCAACGGCGGGGUCCAGGUAGAUGUGGUCCUUUAUCUCCUUAGCCCAGUGCAUGACAUCUCCAAAGAUAUCGACUACAUGCAACGUCUAUCUGCACUAACAAACGUCAUUCCCAUCAUUGCAAAAUCCGACACUCUGAGUCCUUCGGAAAUAGUCGCAAUCAAGACUUCAGUUCUUGCUCGGUUGCAGGCGACCACUGUUCGACCGUUCUUCUUCGGCAAACCCAUAGAAGAUGCAUUACUAGCCGUUCAGGGCCUUCCCAUUGUUGCCGCCGAAUCCACCUCAGAGCCGUCAGCCUCGCUUGGAGUUUCAGAAUACCCCUUCAACUUCCCAACCUACCCCUACGCCAUAUCUACGAAUUCCGGACAGAAUAUGGAGACCAUGGAAGCGUCACUCCUCAUGUCACCCGACUACGUGCAGCCUCUGCUUCCGUCAGAACUCGCGACUCUGGUAGAUCAGGUGUUCGAUCCAGACUCCAUCGCGUGGUUAAGGCACUCAGCUGCGAGGAAAUUCCUGUCUUGGAGACGGAGAGCAAGUCUGGUAGAAGACCGCUCCCCUUUAAGAGGCAUUCAACAACUACCAUCCCAUCCUCGCACACCCUCUGCCUCCUCUGUUGGGCUCACAGCAGCUUCUCAGGGUAAGUAUCAUCGUUCCUGUGCGACGAAUAGCCACAAUAACGACCUGCCAAUCUCAGGAGCCUCCUCGCUUUUCUCCAGCACCUCCCCUUCCGGCGUCCUCGUUCCGCGCAGCAACUCGUCCUUCUUCUCAAAUUACCCUUCAAAUCUCCCUUCCAACAUGGCUUCCCCGCUCCUCUCGCACUCUCAACCUGAGUACGGCGAGAACACGAUUCCGGAUCUGCAACUUUCCCGCUUCACAACAUUUGCGCAAGGCCAGCAGCAUCUCGCGGAAGUGCGCCUCGCGAAAUGGGCCACGGAUUUGCAGCGCAGUCUGCGGCAUGAGCGCGAGAGGUUUGAGCAGUUGCAAAGGACGGAGCGGGCAAGAUGGCUGCUUGAGAAAGUGGGGGAGGAAGUUCGGGAGGGGAAUAUCGUUCCCAUGACUUGUUCUUCUCCUAUAACAGGCGGCAGCGAUGGACAAUGGGCAAACUGGGCGGUUGUCAAGGCCGCGGACCGCGACAGUCAGGAGUCGAUCAGCAAGUCCGGAUGGCAUGCUGGUCGCCAAUCGCUGGAUUCGAGGGAUCCGCUUGGGUUGUGUCGUUUAGGCGAUGAGGUCAGGAGGACAGGGACAGUGCUGGUUAAGAUUUUGGGAGGUGUGAGCGUCCUGGGCGUCCUUGUUGUGGCGGCUGUGCGGGUGAGUGGGGUUGAGGGGUGGUUGGUUCCUGAUGGGGGCGUUUGGGCUUGGUUGAAGGGGGUGGAGUAGGAUGCGGGAGGAAGGUUGGGUUUUUCAGAUGGGAUGGAUCGGGAAGGUUACGAUAUGGUCAUGAUUUAUGAAUGGGACUAUCAUUGGGACGGGGUUUGUUUCAUACGAGGGAAGGCGGAUGUUGGGGGGUUCUCGUCCUCGGCUUUCAUGAUGAAGGCGGUGGUUCUUCCGGGGUGGGUAUACCCACCCCUUACUUACGUCUCAGGGCCUGUUCAGAGUUGGAUUGUGGCGAUUUUCUUUUGUGGGUAUCUAUUGGGAUAUAGGAGUGAGGUUAAGGAUUUUCGGUCGCGGUGCAGGUAUCGGUGUGGGUGGGUAUAUACGGCAUAUAUCACUACUCUAGGCUUAAUGGCAUGGUUUUCUCUUCUCUUCUCCUC